ACCAUCCGCUCCAUUUCUUGUCCAUGUAUCAGCACUGUGUUGUGACUGGGCGGCGCGACAGACUGUAAUUGAUCUCACCAGAGUGCAGCCACAGCACGUCUACUCAACAGAAAACACGAUACACACUCGACCAUGACGGUACAAGCGAUUGUAUCCUCCAGUCCGAAGGUGCUGCGCAUCGCCGUAGUUGGCGUCGGUCUUGUCGGCGGGGAGUUCAUCAACCAGCUUCUCAAGUUCCCCACCCCAAACCCCUUCCGGAUCGUCGCCCUCACCUCCUCCAAAACCACGCUCUACUCCCCGGAUGGCCUGAGCAUCACGGCGAAUGACUGGAAGCAAAGCCUCGCACAGUCCGGCCUGAAACCCGAUUUACCGUUCCUCGUGCGCGAGCUGUCGGCGCUCGUGAAGCCCGGCCAGGACGUCGUGCUCGUUGACAACACCUCGUCGAACGCGGUGGCUGCGCUCUAUCCGCAGUUCUUGCGGUCGGGCGUGCACGUCAUCACGCCGAACAAGAAGGCGUUUUCUGCGGAGCUGUCGCUCUAUGAGAGCAUCCUCGCGGCGAGCUUGGAGAGCGGCGCGAAGUUCUUCAACGAGGCGACUGUCGGUGCUGGCCUGCCGAUCAUCUCUACUCUGAAGGACCUCGUGGCUACUGGUGACCAGGUUCUCAAGAUCGAAGGCGUAUUCUCUGGCACCAUGAGUUACAUCUUUAACGAAUUCUCGACCGGCCAUGAGAGCGGCCCAAGCUUCUCGUCAGUCGUCAAGAUUGCGAGGGAGAAGGGCUACACGGAACCUCACCCUGCAGACGACCUCAACGGCGCUGAUGUCGCCCGGAAAUUGACCAUUCUCUCCCGAUACAUUCCAUCCUUGCGAUCCGCACUGCCCGAGGGAUACCAGUCCGUCAGCACAAAAUCCCUCGUUCCUGCGGAGCUGGAGAGCAUCGACACAGGGGACGAGUUCAUGCGCCGGCUGCCCGAGUUCGACAACCACUUCAACAAGAUGCGCGCCGACGCAGCGAAGGAGAACAAGGUGCUCCGGUUCGCAGGCGUGAUUGACGUCGCCUCGGGGACUAUCAAGGCAGAUCUCGAAAAGUACCCGGUCACGCAUCCGUUUGCAACAGCUCUGGGAGGCUCCGACAACAUCGUCAUGUUCUACACGGCGCGGUAUGGGGCGAGGCCCUUGGUUGUCCAGGGCGCUGGUGCAGGAGCAGCGGUUACUGCCAUGGGUGUCAUGGGCGAUCUACUGAGACUGGUGUAGGAGAUUUGGUAACUGGGGCCAUCAAAAGAAAGACACGAGAAUUUAACGUCAAUAACCUCGCGACUUAUUGACACACGCGCACGGCGAGCACGACAUAAGACAUACUAGGCGGCCACUACUCCUGAAUCAGCUUUAGCCAGGUCUUUUGAUCUCUCUCGUUUCAGACAUUCGCCGAGGACCCUAGAGUGCACGGACCGCUCCUGAAAACAGCCCCAUGCGUGGGACCCUCCUCGACGCUCUAGCAGCGACCCGCCAGUACUUAUACGUGCUCGUGCUCCCUAUAUCCUCAUUAC